UUAGAAAACUAAAGAAAGGAACUGUCCCUUCUCUUUUUGCCUGGAACCAAUACACUGUACCAAACCCAAGAGAAAAUGUUUGGGAUCGUCGACCAAGAUGCCCCCCGCCUGAGACAUCUCCGUCAGACUCCGAGAUGAAUGAAAUACAAACGGCCCACGAUCACGACUACUCUGUAACUCUAGUAACAUCAGAGAUGGCAGGGGAACUUGCUGUGAGCUACGAGGAGCUACAAAUGAAAGUCGAUGAACUACAACACCAACUGGAAACGAUGCAGUUGCAGUGUCGCUUUGGUUUACAACGCAUCGCUGGAUCCGACGAGAAUAUUCGUUUUUACACAAGGUUUGCCUCAUACAAGCAUUUGAUGGCAUUUUGGGAACUGAUUGAGCCUGCUGCAAAAACCAAGAUGGUGCGAAUAACCAGGGCCAAGGUUGCCAACUUUGAGGAACUCACCCAAACAAGAACAACGAAACUUGCACCCAUAGAUGAGCUACUGCUGUUUCUGAUGCACCUCUCUGUGGGCCUGCCUCUCAGGGAUCUAGGCGAGCGGUUUGGUAUUCAUCGCACCACAGCUAGCAGAAUCAUUGUGACAUGGUCACACUUUCUGUACAUUCUGCUUGGCUCCAUCCGCUUGUGGAUACCAAAGGAAGAGGUCAAAGCUUUGUUACCACCAGAGUUUUCUGCAUUCCCCGACACUCAAGUGAUACUGGACUGCACUGAAUUAAACUGCCAAACACCUUCCUCUCUACUUCUUCAAAGUGAGGUGUUUUCUCAAUAUAAAUCGCACACUACACUGAAGGCCAUGAUUGGCAUUGCACCACAUGGUGCCAUUACCUUUGUUUCAGGGCUUUACGCAGGCUCCAUUAGCGACCGGGAAAUUUUUAAACUUUCUGGAAUAAUCAAAUGCCUUACCUCAGACACAGCUAUUAUGGUUGACAAGGGCUUUUUAGUAGAUGAUCUGGUCCCUUGCAAGGUGUACCGACCUGCCUUCCGGUCAAGAAAUUCUCAGAUGUCCAGGGAGGAUGUCCAGCAUACACAAUCCAUUGCAAGAUUGAGGGUACAUGUUGAGAGGUGUAUCCGGAGGGUGAAAGAGAACAAACUCUUUGACAAACCCAUACCAUUGUCUGUGUGCGGAAGCAUCGACCAGCUAUUUAGUGUAGCUUGCUUUCUGGUCAACUACCAGAAUGGACCACUGGUAAAGUCAUGGUCAGUUAAAUGCUAAAUGAAAAAGUAAUUUACAACCAUCUUUGCAUUUAGAAUAUCAAUAAAAUAUGAAGUGUUUACUGACAUUUAA